AUGCGACCAGCCCGAGACAACGCAUCAGGUGCGAGUAGCCUGCGGGUUCCCGCUGAUUCGGCGCGGAGCACUUCGGCAAGCCUGCCCUUCCUGCCCGACCCGCUGGCCCACCGGCCCCCAAGCGCCCCUCCGACGGAGUCCUCAGGCCUUUUCACCGUGGCCGCUCCAGCCCCGGGAGCGCCUUCUCCUCCCGCCACCCUGGCGCACCUUCUUCCCGCCCCGGCCAUGUACAGCCUGCUGGAGACUGAACUCAAGAACCCCGUGGGGCCACCCACCCCAGCUGCAGGCGCGGGCGGCCCCGCAGCCCCGGGCGGCGCAGGCAAGAGUAGCGCGAACGCAGCCGGCGGCGCGAACGCAGGCGGCGGCAGCGGCGGUGGCGCGAGCGGCGGCGGCGGCGGCGGCGGCGGGGGCAGUGACCAGGACCGGGUGAAGCGGCCCAUGAACGCCUUCAUGGUUUGGUCCCGCGGGCAGCGGCGCAAGAUGGCCCUGGAGAACCCCAAGAUGCACAACUCCGAGAUCAGCAAGCGCUUGGGCGCCGACUGGAAACUGCUGACCGACGCCGAGAAGCGGCCGUUCAUCGACGAGGCCAAGCGGCUGCGCGCCGUGCACAUGAAAGAAUACCCGGACUACAAGUACCGGCCGCGCCGCAAAACCAAGACGCUGCUCAAGAAGGACAAGUACUCCCUGCCCGGCGGCCUGUUGCCCCCCGGAGCCGCGGCCGCCGCCGCCGCCGCUGCCGCCGCCGCCGCCGCUAGCAGCCCGGUGGGCGUGGGCCAGCGCCUGGACACGUACACACACGUGAACGGCUGGGCCAACGGCGCGUACUCGCUGGUGCAGGAGCAGCUGGGCUACGCGCAGCCCGCGACCAUGAGCAGCCCGCCGCCGCCGCCCGCGCUGCCGCAGAUGCACCGCUACGACAUGGCCGGUCUGCAGUACAGCCCCAUGAUGCCGCCCGGCGCCCAGAGCUACAUGAACGCCGCCGCCGCGGCCGCCGCUGCCUCGGGCUACGGGGGCAUGGCGCCCUCCGCCGCCGCCGCCGCCGCCGCCUACGGGCAGCAGCCGGCCACCGCCGCCGCCGCCGCCGCGGCCGCCGCCGCCAUGAGCCUGGGCCCCAUGGGCACGGUGGUGAAGACCGAGCCCAGCUCGCCGCCGCCCGCCAUCGCGUCGCACUCGCAGCGCGCGUGCCUCGGCGACCUGCGCGACAUGAUCAGCAUGUACCUGCCGCCCGGUGGGGACGCGGCUGACGCCGCCUCGCCGCUGCCGGGCGGCCGCCUGCACAGCGUGCACCAGCACUACCAGGGCGCCGGGACUGCCGUCAACGGAACGGUGCCGCUGACCCACAUCUGA